AUGGCGGAGGAGGCAGCAGCUGUGCCGGUGGUGGCGCCCAGCGAGGCCGCGGAGAAGAAGAGCAGAGCCCCGCCGCACUUCGAGGACGAGGCGGGUCUCUUCAAGACCGUGUGCCGCUCGUUCAUGCGCAGCAAGAAGUGCACGCGCCCCGGCUGCAAGUUCGUGCACGACAAGCAGCUGUGCCUGUACUUCUGGAAGUCGGGCGACUGCAAGUUCGGCGCCGAGUGCCGCAAAAACCACUUCGUGACGGUGCCCGACCCGAACGCCAAGAAGGAGGAGGAGGAGACCGCUGUGGCUAAGAAGGAGAAGAAGGACAAGCCCCAGGCCAAGAAGGGCAAGGACAAGAAGCCCAAGGACAAGGACGCCAAGCCCAAGGAGGACAAGCCCAAGGGUGACAAGACCGAGGACAAGGGCGACAAGCCAAAGGAGACCGGGAAGCAGGAGGGCGCCGACAAGAAGAGCAAGAAGAACAAGAAGAAGAACGAGCGGCGCCAGGCCACCAAGAAGAACACGGAGAGCUUCGAGCCCAUGACCAAGCCCGUGGACCUGCGGAUCACGUACGAUCUGGGCUCCAAGGACGACAAGUUCUCGACGCCGCUGACGGCGCGCGACGUGGUGCUCGUGCCCAACCUCUUCAGCGACUUCAAGAAGGGCGAGCUCUACGCCAAGCUCAUGCACGAGCUGGACAACUGCGGCAUCCCGCGCGAGCAGCUGCUCAAGAUGUGGCACGGCAACAACAAGAUCGACGGCACGCACCUCAUCGUGGACGACCACUCGAGCUGGAAGGCCAAGUGCCCCACGUUCGACCUCAUGACGGACCGACUCAAGCAGUUCUUCAGCCUCGACAUCAAGGCCACGCGCUUCAACUGGUACAAGGACACGUCCCAGUGGAAGCCGUUCCACUUCGACGCCGCCGCUGUCAAGCCCCACAUCGCGGCCAUCCAGAACUUCACGGUCGGCAUCUCGUUCGGCGCCACGCGCGACGCCGCCUUCGAGCACGCGGAGACCAAGACGGUGGUGAGCGUGCCGCAGCCGGACGGAUGCGUUUACGCCUUUGCCAAGGACACCAACGUGAUUUGGCGCCACGGCAUUCUGCAGGACGUCCCAGUGCGGGACGAGGGCCGCAUCUCGGUCAUCGCUUGGGGCUGGGUCGACAACAUGGCGGACGUCACGGCCCCCGCUGCUGCUGAGUCGUAG